AGUGGUCCAUUGUUUAUUUAAAUAUGAGGGCAGUGAGAUCAUACAUUUCCAGUAAGCUUGCUGGUGAAAGCAUGAAUGCAGUGACUUAUGAGGACGUGCAUGUGAACUUCACUCAAGAGGAGUGGGCUCUGCUGGAUCCUUCUCAGAAGAAGCUCUACAAAGAUGUCAUGUUGGAGAUCUACAGGAACCUCAGUGCUUUAGGUGUGAAAGGAGUCAGAGUGCAGAGAAACCCUCUGAAUAUACUCAACGUGAUAAAGCCUUUGCUUUACAUGAUCACAGUCAUGCCCAAAGGCAUGAAAGGGUUCAUACAGAAAAGAUCCCCUCUGAAGUUAUUCACUGUGUCGAAGACUUUUUACCUUACACAAGUCUCCAAGUCGAUCAAAGAACACUAACUGGACAGAAACCCUAUGAAUGUAAUCAAUGUGGUAAAGGAUUUACAAGGCCCAGUCUUCUUAAAAACCAUGAAAGAAUACAUACUGGAGAGAAACCCUACAAAUGUAAUCAAUGUGAUAAAGUCUUUUGCCAUAAACAGAGUCUCCUAAUACAUAUAAGGAUACAUACUGGAGAAAAACCCUACAAAUGUAAUCGAUGUGAUAAAGCCUUUUCCCAUAAACAGAGUCUCCUAAUACAUAUAAGGAUACAUACUGGAGAAAAACCCUUCAAAUGUAAUCAAUGUGAUAAAGCCUUUUCAACACACAGUUCUCUUCAAACUCAUAGAAGAACACAUACCGGAAGGAAACCCUUCAAAUGUAAUCAAUGUGAUAAAGCCUUUUCCCGUAAACAUUGUGUGCAAACACAUAUAAGGAUACAUACUGGAGAAAAACCCUUCAAAUGUAAUCAGUGUGAUAAAGCCUUUUCACAAGACAGUACUCUUCAAACUCAUAGAAGAACACAUACCGGAGAGAAACCCUUCAAAUGUAAUCAAUGUGAUAAAGCCUUUUCUGUUAAACAUAGUCUCCAAACACAUAUAGGAAUACAUACUGGGGAAAAACCCUACAAAUGUAAUCAAUGUGAUAAAGCCUUUUCACAACACUUUCAACUCCAAAAUCAUAUAAGAACACAUACUAGAGAGAUGCCUUACAAAUGUAAUCAAUGUGACAAAGCCUUUUUACGACACAGAAAUCUUCAGAUUCAUAGUAGAAAACAUACUGGAGAGAAACCCUACAAAUGCAAUGAAUGUGAUAAAGCCUUUUCACAACCCAGUACUCUUCAAACUCAUAGAAGAACACAUACUGGAGAGAAACCCUACAAAUGUAAUGAAUGUGAUAAAGCCUUUUCACGACACAGUACUCUUCAAGUUCAUAAAAGAACACAUACCAGAGAGAAACCCUUCAAAUGUAAGGAAUGUGAUUAAACUUUUUCCCACCAUUAUAAUCUACAAAGUCAUGAGAGAAGACAUACUAGAGAGAAACCUUACAAGUUUAUUCAUUGUGUGUGUAAGUCUUUUCAAGACAUGGUCAUCUUUAAAAGAAUAAAAGAAUCCACAUUGGAAAAAAAAGUUAUGAAGGAAAUGGAUGUGAGCAACCUUUUUAUAACGCCAUCAUUUCUGAAUGUAUAAGUGAACAUACUGAAGAGAAAGACUGUGAAUGUGAUCAUAGUCUUAAUCGUCAUGAACAUAUUUGUAGGGGCCAGAAUCCUUCUGAGUAUAAGCAAUGUGGAAAAGUCUAUGCCAAGCAGUUAUCUCCUAAUGCAGCAAGGAGCACAUACAGGAGAGAGAGAGACAGAGAGAGAUACAGAGAGACUGUAUAAAUAUACACAAUGUGGUAAACCUUUGCAUAUCACAGUUAUCUUUGAAUGCAUAAAAGAGCACAUGAUAUAUCUCAGAAUACAUAAAAGAAGACACUGGAGAGAGAAACUGUGUGUGAAUAAUGUGGUAAGGCCUCUGCAGUUGACAUUGACAUUCAUCUCAUAAUGUAUAACUUAACAUAGACUUGUAAGAAACCUCAUAAAAAUAAGGAAUGUGGUAAAGCUUGUGUGUGGACCAGUCGUUUUUUCUUGAGAAAACUCCAUGCUGCAGGGUAACCCUGUAAAUGGAGCCACUGUGGAAAUAUUUGUACUUCACAAUAUCUGUAUGUGUGAAUAAACCUUUAGCAUGUACUGGAUCGGUUAAAGUUUGCAUGUCACAAUAAUCUUUUAGGACUUUAAAGAACUCAAAAAUAAGGCAAUCUAUGACUCUGACGGACAUGGUUCCAUCUUGGGCCAACCCAUUUAUAUUAAUUUACACAACAUUAUUUAUUCUUGAGAAAACCUUUAGCAACUGUCAACUAUCUGCUCAAGCAUGAUGAUGUCUCUGUUUUGUUCCUACCUGGAAACUCAUAGGGACAAAAGCUUUAUGAGGUUCAUUGAUGAGGUAACUGGUUUAGAAUUCACAUUUCACUUUAAGUCCAUGCAAUAACUCAUUCAGGUAUGAAACACUGUUGGUGAGUAUUAGUGCCUUUUUGUUGUUGUGAUAAAAUGUCUAAGGUAUUGCAGUCCCAAACCAGGGUUUCCACCCCAGCCUUGGACAUUUCUUUUCCAGGUAAAACACACACAACUUUUAUAUUUGUAAUAAAUCUUAAUCAACACCCAAUAUUGGCUAAUAUCUGUCCUCUAUGCUAUCAUGUCUAUUUCCCAGCCAGUAAUUUUGUCAUGUAAUUUUGCCUUAUUUCAUCUGGGCUAUGCUUAACUCCACUUAGUCACCCCACAUGGCCAUUAUCUUAUUAUUGACCUAACCUAAGACUGCUUUUUCUCUGUCUGCUUUCUUCUCCUUGUGGUUCUCCUCUGACCCCAUGUCCAGUAUCCCUAAUCCCUGUCUAUGUCUCUUCUGCCCAGCUACUGUCCAGCUAUUGGUUAUUGUCAUCUCAAAAACCAGUCAGAUGACACUUGAGAGCAAGGUCACACACCUUCUCUGGGGUCUGUGUGCAGAUCUUGUCUUCUAUGGAGCAAUCAUUUUUUAGUUUUCUGCUUUUAACAUUACAGUACAUAGCAAGAGACGAAACCCCAACAUGAAGGCAAUUUUUAGAAGCAUUUAAAUUUCAUUAGAGUUCUAAAGGGAUAUAGGAUCACCAUGACAUUGUCAGGGCAACAACAAGUGUCAUUUGUGGCAGCUAAAGGAGGAGCUCAGAGCUCAAGUCCUCAACCUAUAGCCUCAAAGAGAGAGUUAGAGCCAGGUGAGGUGUCACUCGCCUUUAAUCCCAGCACUUGGGAGGCAGAGGUAGGCAAAUUUUCUGAGUUCGAGGCCAACCUGGUCUGCAGAGUGAGUUCCAGCAGAGCCAGGGCUACACAGAGAAACCCUGUCUCCAAAGAACCAAAACAAAACAAAACAAACAAACAAACAAAAAAAUACAGAGAGAAAGAGUGUGUGUGUUAGGACUAGACAUGAUUUGAGAAAGUAAACUCUGAAAUUCAACCUCAGUGACAUAUUUUCUCCAGCAGGUAGACAUUUCCUACAUCUCCCCACAUGACACUACUAACUGAGAAGUAUUGAUUUCUCUGCCAUCAAUCCUCUAUGCUUGCUUUUUGUUAUAUAAGCCAAGUCAUGAUGAAGAAAAACUGUGGAUAAGCAUUAGAUGCCACAAACCUUGGGUUAUAGUAGUCAAUGCUUAUACAAGAAUAUCAUGACUAAAAUUUUCUUUGCUCACCAAGUUCAUUUAAUUUUAUUUAUGGGGUUUGUCUGCAUCUUUGGGUGAGUAUGUGCGUGUCUAUGCUGAUUUCUUUUUUGUUUGUUUGGGUUUUUUUUUGUUUUUGUUUUUUUUGAGACAGGGUUUCUCUGUAUACUCCUGGCUGUCCUGGAACUCACUUUGUAGACCAGGCUGGCCUCGAACUCAGAAAUCUGCCUGCUUCUGCCCCCUGAGUGAUGGGAUUAAAGGCGUGUGCCACCACGCCCAGCUCUAUGCUGAUUUGUAAGAUUAUUAAGUUGUUGUAUCUUCUUAUGGCAAAAGAUACAGGAUGAUGUCCAAACCUGACCUUGUCCCUGGGAAUGAAUUUUUCUUAAUUAGUUUGCCAUGUCUCUAACCAUCUAAAUAAUUAAAGUGUUAUAUAUCAUCAUGAUGUCAGGAAAUAGAAAAAAAAUCUUAUACAAGAGAAAAACCCUUUCCAUGUUGAUGACCUUGUUAUAGCCUGUAACAUCACAGAUGUUUUCCAUAUCAAGGAAAAUAUCCUGUUUCUCAUCUUCGCCACCAGAGCCUAGAAGGAAGUAAAUUAUUUCCCAUGGUCACUCGAGUGUAGUAGUAGAGAUCACCAAUUGUGGUGGUUUUAUUUUCAAACAUUUGAAAUACAUAUUAACGUUUGUUCUAUGUCUUUCAAAUCAAUUUACAGAUGUUUAUUAUGCGAUCCUUGACUUCCUUCUGUGAUCUGUUCAGCUUUAAUUCCACUUUUCUUGUUGAUAGGUACUCUUCUACUACAAUGAAAUGAGUUGGAUACUUAUCUUCUAAGUGGUCCAUUGUUUAUAUAAAUAUGAGGGCAGUGAGAUCAUAUAUUUCCAGUAAGGUUGCUGGUGAAAGCAUAGUGGGCGUGGCUUUGUGUUUCAUUUUCUCACAAAAUCAUUUGAGAGUUGAGAGCAUCCUAGCUUUGGUGUCAGUCAUUAGUCAGGGCUAUCUUUUACUCUUGAUAGUCAUGUGUCAGCCUUCUGAGUACAAGUCCAAAAAUAGAACAUGUAUACUCCGUGGGUCCUGUUUUGUCAACACGCUUUAAUAAUAUUAAAAUUAAAGUGCUUAAUAGAUGAAAAUAGAACAACAAUACGUUAGGUAUACACCCAAAGCAUCCUAUUUAUCUCUCUCAUAGAGAUGUAAGAAUGUUGAGUAGUCAGCAAUCAAGUAUGUAUCUCACACAUAGGUGGGCAUGUGGUUGCCAUAUAACACUUUUUUUUUUUGGCUUAAUGAGGCUGACUGGUUCAGCCUAGCUGGUUAGAGUAGUUAGGACAAAGUCCCUAGUCCUAACACUAUUAACAGAAGUCUCCCAUCCUAUGUAGCUCUCCUACCUAAAAGCCACUCUCUGUGAACUAAGAACAAUAGUAUUUUGGUUUAUGGUGGCAUCUGUUAUAAUUCACCAAAACUAGGGUAGAGUUCAAUUUUUUUUCUACAGAUGAUAAAACUAGGGUCACACAGUUAAGUUGCUUCUGAAUAUACUUAAUUGGAACUGUUCAUCUUUCACAUGCUAUAAUUCUAAUGCAUUAGUAAUUGAAGUGGAAGCCACCUAAACAAGGUAUGGUUGCACAUGCCUAUAUUCAUGGUACUUACAGAGUGAGGACACCAGGAUUUGACAGUCAUCCAAAUUAAAAGUGGUCAACAGGGUGUGUUGCAAGGUCCAGAGAGCCAAGGCAGACUGAUUGUCUCAGGACAGUAGCCAUAAUCUUCCCUGCAGCUCCAGACGUUCGGGGUCAUGACACCAGUAAGUGUUAUCUGAGAUGUUUACCACUGUAAGUUUUAUUCUUCAUGGUUUUGGGGCAAGAUAUCCUAGGUCACUUCAGGGUCAGAUUCUCCCACAAGUGAAAAAAAUCCUCAUGCUGGGAUGAGCUUCCUCAUGGCAUAUACAAUGCAAAGUAUUCAUACCUGAAAAAACAAAUACCGUCAAAGGAAUGCACAUAGCAGGUUUUCUUCAUGUAUUUGUGAAUUUAUCAUCCUUAACAAAGAAGAUAUUGGAACACAUUUGGGAAUGAAUAAAGAAUAGAAAAUGAAGCAGAAAAUAAUGCAAUAUUUUUACUUAACAUGUACAAAAGUACAAUUUAAAUAUGCACCUUACCAGAUAGACAGCCUAGCAGUUGACAUAAACUGGAUAUUGUUUCAAUAGACAGGGAUCCCAUUCCCCAAACCACCUGGUUGCUAACUAUUGCAAAGUAUUUGCUGUUGCCAUCUGGUCUCAGUAAAUACAGAGCCCAGACACAUGCAUGCAAAAUAAAAUUAAAAUACAUAUAAAAUAAAAUUUAAAAAGUGUAGCUCAAAAAACUGGAAUUCUCCACACUGAAGUAAUGGCCUUGAGAUAGACAGCAGUCGGGCUAGUUGGAAUGUAACUCUUUCUUCUCCUGCAUUGAUGCGUCCAUUGCCUUCCUCUGAACCAGCUUGCUCAGGAGGAAAAGCUGCUUUUCUUUGAGGUUAGAGUAGCUCUGCAGAAUUGUUCAUGUAAGAGCAGCAACCACAGUACUGUUAGGUGACUUUUCCAAUAUUCUAUAUUUGUGUUUUGUGUCCCUUGUAUGUGUGACAAUUGUGGCAUUGAUAGUUCUUUUAACUCAAUCUUUGAAAUCCUCCUUCAUGAUUAAAAUGUGCACUUGAGUUAUAAAUCCCCAUGU